CCCAUCCAAUGGGCAAAACAGAGAUCUGUCAUAUAACAGCGUUCUACUGUGACUACGCCUGCCUUUGACCUCACACAUCGCAACUCCUUCCGAAGGUUCGGCCAGGUCAAUAACAUAUCGCGCAUGUCCAACCUGUAAUCCAAAGAGGGCGACGGACCGAAUACAAUGGCUGCAAGCCGGACAGCUUCAAGGGCGGUCCUGCCACUACGAAAUGCCUUAAGUGCUUCACGCACCACCGGACGAGCUGCAGUGGCCACAGCAGUAUCGUCCAGAAGCAUCACCACAAAGUCGACUCGCCCACAACAUGGCGAAGUAAAAGCCAAGACUUUCUUCACCAGCUCCUUCGUGCAGCAGAAACGAGCUGAAAGUUCGAGUGCUUCACCGGCACCGCAAAUGUACACAGAAUCAAGCCCAGGACGAACAGCAUUGUACGAUCUCCACCUGGAACAUGACGCCAAAAUGGUCCCCUUCGGCGGCUACAGCAUGCCAGUGCAGUACUCCGAUCUCUCAGUAGGCGAAUCCCAUGCCUGGACCCGCGAGAAAGCGUCCCUUUUCGACGUGGGCCACAUGGUACAAUACCAUGUCGAGGGACCAGGAGCCGAAGCCUUCCUCGAGAGCCUGACUCCAUCAGGCCUCAAAGAGCUCCCAGUAGGCCAGUCCACGCUCUCCACCCUGCUUCUUCCCCAAACGGGCGGCAUCGGCGACGACUGCAUCAUCACACGCCUUGAAGCCGGCCCAAAGCAUCUCUUCUACAUGGUCACAAACGCCGGCUGUCGAGAGAAAGACUACAAUUACCUGUCCUCUGCCAUUUCCAACUGGGACAACACCGUAAACCCAGUCGUCUCCCUCCGCCACCUAGAAGCCGACAAACAACCCUACGGCCUGAUCGCCCUGCAAGGGCCCCUCUCCGGCGAGAUCCUCCAAUCCGCUCUCGCACCAAACUGCAAAGUCGACCUCUCGAAAUGGUACUUCGGCAACCUAAAAUACAUAACCCUAAACCUCCCUUCAGGCGAGUCUCUCCCCAUCGUCGCAUCCCGAGGAGGCUACACAGGCGAAGACGGCUUCGAGCUAUCCAUCCACCCCUCCCAAACCGUCGAAGUGACAAAAUUCCUCCUCGAAACCGGCACACCCGAUCGUCUCCGCUUUGCAGGUCUGGGCGCUCGGGAUUCGCUGCGAUUGGAGGCUGGAAUGUGUUUGUACGGGCAUGACUUGGACGACACGACUACGCCGGUGGAAGCCGCCCUUAGCUGGGUUAUACCGAAAUCUCGACGAUCUGGCGAGCGAGCGAAUUUCAAUGGUGCGGAGACGAUUGUGCCACAGAUUACACCGAAGAAGGAAGGUGGUGUGGGUGUUACACGGCGAAGAGUUGGGUUCGUUGUUGAAGGUGCUCCUGCGCGCGAAGGAGCUGAGGUUAUGGAUAAAGACGGACAAGUCAUCGGCCGCAUAACCUCAGGCUGCCCCUCACCAACUCUCAAGAAGAACAUCGCAAUGGGCUACAUCAAAGACGGUCAACACAAAGCCGGAACAGAAGUCCAAGUCAAAGUCCGAGGAAAAGCAAGAAAAGCUGUCGUAUCGAAAAUGCCUUUCGUUCCAGCAAAAUAUCACAAGGAGGCUCUCUCGCCAGCUUAGGCUGCGAUGUGCUGUGUGGCCCGAUCUGUCUCCUGCCCGCUAUUUAACAUGCUAGAAUUGAGCACGCCGGCUUCUGGGCCAGAGACUGUGCAUACUGUGGGAAGUGUACAUAGAAAACAAAAGCUUCAUCUGAGCUUCGAAUGGGGUAUCUCAACGAUGCCGAUAACAAGAACGCCGAAAUGUGAACCUCGUUCCCCUUUUCCUCAUUACGCA